GAAAAUAAUGCCGUCGCUCGACGCCCUCUUUCGUGGCCGCCACACACUCGGACUCAGGGAACUCGUGUCCCUGCCGGAUGCAAAGGUCGAUAUCAUCUUCAUCCACGGGUUGAGGGGAGACUCGUUCAAAACAUGGCUUCACGGCAGCGAGGAGCGGGGCGUCUACUGGCCGACCGAGCUCCUGUCUCGUGAUUUCCCGUCUGCUCGGAUCCUCACUUUCGGGUACGAUGUUGACGUCGUCCAGUUUUUCGACCGCACUGGCCAAGGAUCCUUGCGUGAUCACGCGUCGACUUUGGUUGGGGAAGUCGCGACCAGUCGAGAUCCCACCUGUGGCGACCGUCCCAUUAUCGUCGUCGCCCACAGCCUCGGAGGCAUCCUCGCCAAGAAGGCCCUCCUGAUGUCGGCAACAGCUGUGGAGGAGAGCAGCAAGACGCUGGAUCGGAAUAUCCGUGGCUUGUGUUUCCUCGGCACGCCGCAUCGCGGAUCCAGCCACGCUAAUCUGGGAGCCAUCAUCGGAAGCGCGCUCUCUCUGUUUCCGCCGUUUUUCCGUGUCAACAGCAGUCCCGUUGAUCUUUUGAGGCCUGGAUCCGAGCUCCUUACUGACGUCCACGAAGAGUUUUGCGUGUGGCUCAGGAAGAACAGCGCCCGAGCCAAUGUCACCUGCUUCUGGGAAGAAUUGAAGCACCCUCGUCUGGGAAUGAUCGUUCCGAGAGCGUCGGCAUCCAUCGACGGGUAUCCCUUGCGACCCCUCUGGGCGGACCACGUCGGGAUGUGCAAGUUCUCCAGCACCUACGACACCGGGUAUCGGCGGGUUUCCGGAGAGCUCAAGCUAUGGCUGGGGCAGGACGUCAUUCCUGCCGCCGAAAGCAACCUAGAACAGGGGGGACGUGUUGGCACGGGCUCAUCGCCGUUACGAGCUCACCAAGGAUCAUCUCCCGAUGCGGAAGUCUUUCUACGCGGCAUCUGGUUUCGCGACAUCUUCGCCCGCGAAGACGGCAUCUCCCCGCCCCUCGAUGGGACUUGUCUUUGGAUCUUCGACAACGCGGCCUACAAGAGCUGGAAGUCCUCAGCCAAAGGCGUCUUCUGGACUCUGGGCCUCCCGGGCACAGGAAAAUCCGUCAUGAUUAAGCACUUAGUCAGCUCGGCCAGGAUCGAGGCUAGCAAGGGCUCGACAUUGAUCUUGUCGCACUUUUUUUCUGCCACGGGGACUCCUUUACAACACUCCAUCGACGGACUGUUGAGGUCGCUGAUCUACCAACUUCUCCUCACCGACCCUUCGGCUUUUACCGAUCGUGUGGUGCCUGAGUUGACACGGAAGGGGGCGAACCCGGACGAAGCAUGGACGUUUGAGGAUCUCACAUCUUUUCUCGACAAGCUGCUCCUCUACGCCCUACAGAAGCGAGAUGUUCGAAUUUACAUUGACGGCCUCCAGGAAUGCCGUGGGGAUGCUGAAGGCACCCGCAAUAUGGUCAAGAGAUUCCAAGAUAUGCCGAAGCGAUUUGAGAAGACACGCUGCGGUGUUGCCGUUUGCCUUUCGAGUCGGUACUACCCUGCCUAUGCCCCAAGGGACGUGGAAAGCUGCGUCCAAAUGGAGAAGGAGAACAGGGUCGACAUCGAUCGAUUCGUUUCCAGCGAGAUUGCCUUAGCUGAGGCAGUUGAUAUCCCAGAGCUCCAAAUACGGCUCAAAGCGCAUGGCAGCUUCUUGUGGGCAUCCUCUGUCACGAAGAGAGCAGUGUCACUCGAGCAUGAGGGGCAUGGCCUGGACCAGAUACACGACUUCAUCAAACAUGGCAUCCCUGGUGAGAUAAUGGGGAUCUAUGAGGGCCUUCUCCAGACCGUCACGACGACGGAGAUCUCCUUGACGCUGAAGAUAUUGCAACUAAUGGGGUGCUCCCCUCACGAAAGCAUCGACUUGAGCGAAUUGGUUCGGGCGAGUAACGCACCAGAUGCUUUAGGAGAGCAGGUUCAUGACUCCACUGAACCGAUAACCGUGGUUGAACUCGCGCGUCGGCUGCCGAAUGUGUCGUGUGGCCUCAUGCGACUGGACUGGGGCGGGACAGUCCCGCGCGACUCCGCCCUUGGAUCAGCCUGUGUCGAGUUCAUUCAUCCAACCGCCAAGGAGUACAUGUGGAAUCACGGCUUUACCCUCCUCGACCCGAAUCACCCGACGGCAGAGGCUGCGCAACAGAGGGCAUCCCUAUGUGUCUAUCAAAUGCAUCUUUCGUCGACCCUAGCGAGCUUCAGGGCGUUGGAGCUGCGUUGGCAGGCUCUAGUCCAGAAGCAUGAUGAGAAAUCCAUCCAAGAGGCCCUUCAAAUCCUCACGAGCAGCCCUAGGUUCGCCAGUGUCCUGUUCAGGAACCAAGAGACGCUUGAUGGGGUACUCCAGAUUGGCGACCCCGACCUCGUUGCCCGGUUCGCCCUCCUCCAGCUAGAGAACUACGAACCAGAAGAUGGCUAUGAAGCUUCAGAAGCGUUUUUUCCCUCCUACGAUCGUACAAGCGAUACGAACUCGGAUUGGGACUGGCACAAUGACCAUGGGUACGAGAAUCCACCAGGCGAUGACACCGACCCGGCUGUUCUCUACUGCCUCGCCGAGGCUGGGCUGGCGUUGACCGGCAGGGAUACCAGCGUUGACACUUGCAUGCAAGGCGUCUUGGAUUGGCUCAUUCAUGCUAAGGCGUUGAUGGAAAAAGACAUUGCCCCGGACCCCGACCUAGCGACAGCCUUGGGCUUGCUCCAACGAUCAUCUGAGCAGGGGUUUCGACUUUUUUGGCGCCAGAGAAUUUUGCUCAUGGCGAGCAGGAGGGAUUUUACAGCACUCAUCCGCAUCCUCGCCGAUCAGUUGACAGCAAGGGCGCAAGACCCAGCAACCAAAGCUGGCCUGUUAGAGGCAGUGCAUGCUGCCGCCGCAAGAGGGAGCGUAACAAUGCUGGCAGUGUUCAUGGAUGAGUACGGCAUGGAUGUGGAAUCACCACACCGAAGUAACACACUGCUGAUCACCGCACUUUACAACGGAAGUCUGGAGGCGGUUAGGUUGCUCCUCCAGCGGGGGGGCAGCGUUCUUGUGAGAUCGAGAGACGGCACUUCUGCCGUUACAUGGGGUUUGCGAGGAGGGGAGAAGAUGGCCAUUGUUGUCUUGGAACACCUGAAAAAAAUGAGAUCGACCCAGUCGCCAGCGAUGCAAGACCAAGACUUCGUCGACGACUGCAACCUUCAGAUGGGGGAAGCUCUGGCCUCCGCAAUGCGGGAUUCCGAAUCAAAGGAGCUUGUCAGGGCCCUGCUAGAUGCCGGAGCCGACAGCGAUGUUGUUGCGUUGCCAAAUGAGGGCUGGAGACCACUCCAUGUUGCCGCCUCCAAUGGAGAUAGUGUCCUAGUCAAUUUGCUGUUGAAGGCGGGCGCCUCUGUGGAUCUCAAGGACGCCAAGGGCCGCACCCCCCUCCACCUGGCCGUUAUGCAAGGCCACCUGACGGCUUGUACCGUUCUCCUUCUCCGUGGUGCCGAUGUCAACGCGAGAGACGAAGACCACGCAACGCCACUCCUACUGGCGAAAGAGGCUUUCGAUUCCAAGAAUUUUCCAGAACUUGUCAGGGCGCUUUUGAACUUUAGGGCAAGGGUCGAGGACAGCUUCGGCAGUGGCACCACCACGGAUCCCCUUAUGCGGGAUUCCCUUAUGGGGUACGCUAUACGCCGGGACAGCGAUGUCAUUCUCAAGCUUCUCCUCGACCGAGGUGCGGCCGCAGUGUUCGAAGCAAAGUACCAACAGACCACCAUGGGGGUUUGUAUUUCUCACAGUAGGGUGGCCUGCCUUCGAUUGCUUAUCAGUCGACCUGAUUAUGACAUCAACGAGAUGGAUUACCUUGGUUACGCCCUGAUUCAUUACUGCGCCGGGGGUAUGUCGUGGAGGGAGCCGAUGUGUGAUACACUCGGCAUGGAGACUGUGGAAAAGCUGCUCAAAAGACCAGACCUCAAUGUCAACUUGCCUUCGUCAAACGGAGAGCUGCCAACAGAAACAUCUUCCCGACAAGCCGCGAAAAGCCCUUCGUCAUUGCCAUUCAUGAGACUUUUACUUGCCCGAGAGGACAUCGAUAUCAACGCGACUGAUGUCCGUGGAGAGCGCACUGCUCUUCACCGUGCAGUUGAGAACCAGCACACCGAGAUGGCGAAGAUGAUCAUAAGCGACCCCCGUACAGAUAUUAACAUGAGCUUUGGCGAGGUUAUAGUAUACACGGCCCUAUACUUCGCAGCCAAGACGGGCAACCUUGAGAUUGUCAAGCUGCUCUUGAACGACCCCCGAUUCAGGAUGGUCAACGAGCCGGAUAAGCACGGUAGCUAUCAUACUGUUAGCCCUUUGCAGGCGGCUGUAUUUGCAAGGAAAAAAAACCCUGGCACAGAAGCUGUGGCAGUUAUGUUCGACUCUGCCUACCUCGACAUCGUGGGGCUGCUGUGUAAGAGGUGUGAUACGGUGUUUCUCAAUCGGCGGACGGUCGAUGGAACAGCGCUUGACAUUGCCAAUUCUGGCUUGCGAGCACGGAAAAGCGAGCUUCGGCAUUUGGAAGAGUUGGCUCAGCAGAGGCAGAUACGAAAGCCAUGGCUGAGUUACGUUUCGCGUGCUGAUGACUGGGGAAACUACGAGGACUCAAAGGAAACUCUGGCCAAGGAAUUGGACGAGUAUGACAGCACCCAUUACGGUGAAACUGAGGGUAGCAGCGCGUUGGAGUGUCGGGUGCAAGAUCUCGAGAAGGAGAUCGCAGCCAGGCAGAAAAUGGUGGACAUCAUCAUCUCGCAUGGUGGUACGGCGACUGAGGAUCCACAAUUCGUCGGGUGGUGCGACUCGGGGUGGUACGGAGUUGACAGGGUCAAGUCGGCGUCCUAUAUCUCGGCUGUUCGCUUGUUGUGCACCAGGUAACGUCUGCCUAUCGGUCCUCACUCGUCGUCUCUGGGCCACAGGGGCCUCGGAGAACAAGUUUUCUUUUGGCUACCGGGAGAGCCUGGAGAGUAGAUGAUUGUAGAAGUGGGCUGAUAUUGAAGGUAACAAAUUUGUCACACUUGCCUUGAUGGGAGGGUAUUCCACCCGGCCCCUGAACCCCUAAUCAGUAUCUGCAUCCCGUUUACGAGGCUGAUCCGAUAUUGACGUAUAGUUCCCAUCGCUAAUUAUCA